AUGGCCCCGGCUCGCGCUGAGAGCCUCCGCCCCGGCCUUACCCACAAGACAGCCUUUGACAUUCUUGAGGACGGCACCGACAGGACGCACUUAUAUCCUCCUGCUGACAAGGACGUCAACUCGCUCUCCCGUGCUCUUGGGGAACUUGUUAUUGAAAAUUGCCAAAAUAUUCCCCUAGCAAGGAACGAUUCGGGCCCCAAGUUUAUCAAGGCCCAGAUUGAACAACACGUUCCGCGACUCCAGCGCCCUGCACUCAGUGUCCACACGUUUGAGCCUCUUGCCGCGCUCGACGAAAACAGUGACUCGACUUUUACGCAGCAGAGACUAGACGCCGCAAAUAGCACCCGCGACCUGACUCCCACAGGAACUGCGCCUGAACCCACUCUGCAAGAGCAGGUUCGGAAGCAUCUUGCAGCAACACCAAUCAGUGGUACCCAGUCAAACUCCGACAGCAUGUCUUGGGAACAGCAAAACCUACCACCGCCGUACGAAGGGCCUGCACACAAGGUGACGGAGGUGGUGGGCAUGGUUGAGCACGCGCUCUCACCAGCCCUCUCAGGCAUCUCGGACCGUAGUGAAAGCUUUGCGGGAAGCUCUAGAACCGGCUCAUUUUCCGUCCCGCGCAUUGAGGACUCACUCGAGGAACUUGACAGACUUGAGGAGGAGCUUGAAGCCGUUGGUGCCCUCGCGAAAAUCAAGACGGCCGCUCCCAGCGACGACGUGGCCCGUUCGCCUGCUGCCAAGUCUACUGCCGGCUCACCCUCUGUCAGAUCCGUCACGAAGCGCACUUCUGUGAUGAGUCUCAACAGCAAGUCUAGCUCACAAUCUUUGCGACGAUCCGCUUCCAUGACUCUGCGCCAGAAGAACCAGCAACCUGCAACGCCCCCCACCAGGAAGAUUGCCAGUCCAGCUAGCGGCAGCACCAAGCCGUCAGUAGCAUCGACCCCGUCUAGAUCGCCAACAAGCAAGUCUACGAAACCGCCGACGGUUGCCAAAUUCGAACUGCCUGGCGAGGCUGUCGCUCGUCGACUGAAGGAGCAGCGCGAAGCUCGUCAGGCUCUCCUCGAGAAGAACCAAAAGCCCGUUGCCGCACCAGCCCGGCCGCGAACUGUCACCAAGCCCUCCUUUGAGUUGCCUGGUGAGGCCAUUUCCCGCAGAAAGAGAGAGCAGCACGAAGCAAAGCUGCGAGCCGAAGAAGAGGAAUUGCGAAGGAAGCGAGAAUUCAAGGCCCGCCCGUUUCGCAAUAGCAGUGCUCCGGGUGCAGCGCCUCGCGAAACCAUUGCUAGCCGAGCGCGACAGGCUAAGCUGCUGCAAGAAGAAGAGGCCAAGGCCAAAGCCGCAGCUUCAGUCCGAGGCAAGAGGCUUUCGGUUGUCCCACCGGGGCAGGCAACCGCGGCACCAGGCACUGUCAGGAAGACUAGCGCUCCGACUAUAGGCCAAAGACCCGCCUCGUCCUUGGAUGCAGCUCAAAAGACGGCGCGUCGCCAGAGCACCAUCAGUGAUAUCAGUGCACCGAAAUUGAGAGCCAAGGCUACCCCAGAUACCGGAGUCAAGUCUGCCAGAGACCAAGCCGCUGAACGCUCUAGGACUGCGAGCCGCGAGUGGGCAGAGAAGAAGCGACGUCAGGAGUCAGCCCAGCGGCGCGCGGUCAGCAACCAGGGCACAAUCUGA